GGCUAAGAUGUUACACAUAGUUAAUCAGCAAUUCCUCAGCCCAGGAUAGGCCAUAAAACCUGUUGUCGCAGCCAUAAUUAAAGUUCAAACUCACGGCUGCACAUUAAUGCCAAAAACAUAAUGCCCGGGCAUCAAUUAAAAAUGUAUAAUUAAAUGCAACAAUUACAACAAUUGGCGGAGUCGGCCGAAAGAACUGCCCGACCUCGACAUGCAAAAGCCGAAAGCCAGCCUCUCUCUGUUUUUCGAUUUUUGGAUGUAAGAAGUUGGCUCGAAAGAGAGCCGGCUGUAUGUAUAGCGUUUGUGUAAACCAUGUGGAACGUAAGAGAGACUGGUCUUAGCGGCUUUUACUGUUAGCCGGCCCUCGGCAGCGAUCGCGCCAGCAGCUGACUUCAGUCUGCCGCUCGCUUGGCUACGAGGCGGACGCACUUGCUCCACUCUGCUCUCCAGUCUCCCUUAGCUGGAAACCCGUUCGCGACCGUCGCGCAUGCGCCGUGUGUUUCGUAAUUGCGAUCGCGCCGUGUCCCAGUUUCUUGGCGUUCGCUUUUCAUUUCGUUGCGGCGGCAUCCAUCGACUGCUCGACUGUUGUUGGCCAACCGGAAUUCCUCAUUGAGUUGUGGCCCAAGCCGACGAACCAAAGCAAUCGGCCAAGUGAUGUGCAAUCGACUCGACCCGCCGCCAGGAUUUAGUUUGGGAUUAAGACAACAACAGCAUGAGAUCGCAUGUGGCCGUUUAUAGGGCGCCAGAAAUAGCACCACCGCCACCCAACUACGCUCCCCUGCGAUACCAUCAGCAUCCGUUGAACCAUUGGCCAGGAAGCCAACAGCAGCAGCAGCAGCAGCAUCCUGCUCCAGCUCCUGCCUACCGACUGCAUCAUGAUCCGCCGGCUGCACAACCGCCCACUUGGGCAGGGCAAUCGUCUGGUCCAGCAUCCCAACCGGUUGGCUACGGGGUGGUCAACCAGCAGCGGAUUAAUGAGUGCGCCGGCAUACCACUCAUCUCGAAUGCCUCCAGUCAUCUUUCGCCCGGCCAGCGCCAGAGAUUGCUGAGGAAAUCCACCACGAAAACAUGUCCAUCAUGGCCACCGGGUGGGGCCACCAUGUCCCAGCUGGCUGUCCAUGCCCAGGGCAUGCCGUUGCUCCAGCAGAACGGCAAGCAGCAUCUUCAACAACAACAGCAGCAGCAGCAGCAGCUUCAGCACCACCAGCCACAUCACCACCUCCAACAUCCUGUGCCCAACAACUGGAGUGCCUAUCAGCCGAUGAGCAGUCAGGCAGGAUUUAAGUUGGCGGACAAAUCGCGUGCCCUUCGCUACCAGAAUUCUGCACCGCCCAUGCUCAGUAGCCAGGAGAAGCCGGCAAACAAUGCUUCCAGCCACGAACAGGCCCCUUCUCCGGCGGAGACCUGUCUGCCCAGGAUUAUCAAGCCGCGAAAGCGUCGCAAAAAGGAUCGCAAGCCGGGCAAUGGCGUGCUGCUCAAAAUGGAAUCCGAUAUGCAGCCCAAAAUUAGCAACCCACGCGAGGCGUAUUCCUCGGGCGGAGGGGGAUCUUAUCACCUGCCACCCGGAAUACUGCAGCAUGAUCAUACGCACGGAGUGUGCUUCUGCCGGGAGUGCGACCCACUGCGUUCUCUAUGGGAUUAUCCGCUCCGGCGAUCGCUCUCCGAUGCCUCCUCCAGCGAACAAGGAGGCGGAAGCAGGGAGUCCUCCUCCUCCACCUCGUCCACGCACUCGGACAGCUCCUGCGAUAGCUCCAUUUGCAGCCAGAGCCUGGCGAUCGGCUCGUCGGCACUGCGGGAGGAGACCAACGAGGAGUUUGCUCCCAUCACCGGCGACAGCAGCCGGGCGGAAAUUGUGGGUGUAAUCGGAUCCCAGCGGAGUCAUCCGUGUGCUGUGACCACGCCCUCUCAGUGCAUGAGCGAUGAUUCCGGCUACGGCGACAUCCUGAGUGGUAUCAACAUAGCCAACGAUCUGUUUGCCAAUUGCUUCAGAGGCAGCAAACUGGGCCACGCCUCCUCCACCUCGAUUUCCGCCCAGGCGGAGACGCUGCUGGAUGAGAGCCUCAAUGAGAUAUCGCGCAAGCUGAUCGAGACCUGCAAUGCGGCCGAUCAGGCCGGAUUGGGAUCGGGUUCGGGAUCGGGAGCAGCCAGCGACAGUGGUUUGGAUAGCGCUGGCAGCCACAGCUGCGAUUCGGGCCUCGUCUUUAACUUUGAGCAUUUGAAUCUGACGGAUGCGACGCCCACAGCCUUGAAUUUUCUCGUGGAUUGCAACAACAAUAGCAGCAAUGGCAACGGCAACGGCAACAGUUUGGGCCUAAUGUGGCGCGGAGGAAGGCAGCCAAGUGGAGGCGGAGGUGGUGACGGUGGCGGUGGCGGUGGCGGUGGCGGCCACGAUGACAGCCAAGUGGCAGCUGCCAAACUGGGCCCAGACAGCCGGGCCACACCCACCAGGCUGAUACUGGGCACGGUGGGCAAGCUGAAGCCAGCUUUUUCCACCAUCUCGUGACGACGACGCCAGCGGAAAACUAAUCAAAAAAUAAAACAAAAAAAUUCACUGGCAACAAAAAUGAGAAAACCGAAACAAGAUAUCGCAUCGCAUCGCAUCGCAGAAGAAAAGUGGCUCAUUUUGCGACGAUUUGGAGAAACGUGAGACGAGAUAACGAUGCGUGGGCGCCUUUGGAUGAGGAAAUGUAAAUCUCCUGAAAGCAUUUUUGAAUUUCUACCCAACCCGAGUUGCGCAACUCCGGCGAAGACAGCAAAGAAAGAAGAAAACCCAUUAAAUGGAUACAACGCACAUGUGAGACGAUCAUCACAUCGUCAUCGCGAUCGGAGCGAAAAACAAAAGGCCAACGAGUUGACCAAAUGGGCGCAGGCAGGCAGUUCGGUACGAUCCCCGGCCAAAUGGAAACUUGUGAACGACAGACCGGGACUGGAAACAUUGUACAUACCACAUGCACACUCCCCAACAACGAAUCCAAAUCCGAAUCCCAAUCCGACUUCCACUUCAACUUCAACUUUCACUUUCACUGCGGCGGUAGCUUUGGCGACGGCGACGGCGUUUUGUAUAUCUGUAUUUUUUUUUCAAGACAUUUUUCUUUUCUUUUUCUUUUUGCCAAGACCACAGAUUGCGGAGCUGCGGGUGGGGGUUACGGGAAGGGUGCGACUCUUAUGCAGAUUUUGUGGCGCAAAAAGAAGAAGAAACUGUAGAAAUCGCAUAGAGAUGCGAUUUGAACCCUAAAGAUACUAUAAUCAUAAUCAUACCCAUAUCUAUAUAUUUACUUUUUACAUACAUUUAAUUGUUGUUGUUAUUUGUGCAUUAACGUUACCCCAUAGGGCCAAAAACCUGUUCAAUUUGGGAUUUUUAAAGCGAGGGCCGUGCGUUAACUUUUAUCUUUGAGCUAAGCAACGUUCCUACAUUUUAGUUGUGUAUCUUUAUCGUUUUUUGGGUUCCAUUUAAUGUUAUCUGUUUAGUUGGUUUGGUUUUUACUUAGUCCGUAAUCGAUGCGCUACAACGUGAACUUUUAUAGUUGAUAAGUUUGUUUAAGACCUAAGUAGUUGUCCUUAGAUGGAAAAAACAGAAAGGAUCUCUAAAGGUUUUAUUAAAGUCUUAAAGGAUUUGCAAUCCUAUUUUUCAUUCUUUUACACAAUGCGUUUUAAAUAGUUAAGGUAUUUGACUAUAUAUUAU